UCCCCCUUACUGAAAUUUGAACAUCUCUUCGGCUAAAACCCUAAUUUUACUUUCUUCGUCAAAUCCUGUUCGUCAAUAUGAGAAGACCCAAGGAUGAUGCGCAAUAAAGAAAUCGAGGAUGUCGAGCUUCUGAGAGAAUGGAUCGAGUCGUAGGAACCGGAUUCUGGGUCCAAUCCGCUUUCUCUCGAUCCAUUGCCGAAGGACGCAAAGAUCGGCAGCAUUGGGGAGGAUCAAAACGGUGGCGUUUUCUCCCGGUACGCCCGGCGUUGCGAAGUUCUAUCAGCUCCCGAUAUCGGAGAGGACCGAGAGGGGCUUGAAGGAGGGAGAGCACGUGAACAUGAUCGAUGUACAGAGAGCUUCUUUGCCUCAUGCGUUAUGUGGCAAUAAACUUAUGCACGCAGUCAUGGCUUUGGUCCCCUUGCACUAGUAGUGAUUUGUAGCUGACUUUGGUAUGAAAGUUUUCUCAUUCAGGAUAAACUUUGGGUUCUCAUAUCGGAACCUUUUUUUGUUGUUGGAAUUGGACAGGUGAAGAACAAAGAUACGGUUGUCUAGUCGAUGUUUUCAUAUGGCUGUACUGAAUUCCUCUGCCUUCUCCUAUGUGAUGAGACCAUCUUUUUGUGAUCAUUCCAUUUGCAGCUCAAUAAUGAUAUACUCAACGUUCAACGUGAUCAACAUAAGCUUGUGAAGCGCUGUGGCCAUCUUGAUGCGACAAUUUAUACUCCAGAACUGGGUCAAGUGAUGCCCUACUACAUCAACGAGACACUAGAGUUCCCAUGCGAGAUUCUUGGCGCGGCUGCUGCAGUAGUGAUUUUGGCUAAGAUACUGAUGUACUUUGCCGGUUCAGACGGAUCAAUCUACAAAUGGUCAGUGAAAAGAAACCUCACAGGUGAGAAUUGUUCUUGUCUGAUCCAUUUGAACAGCAAACACAAGACUCUGGUUGUGUCAGUUGCCAUAUCUGAUGACGGCAAAACCAUGGUUUCCGCCGCUGAAGACGGGAGUUUGUUCAUUUGGGACACGGAAACGGAUGAAAGAAAGGCGGGUUUCAGAGAUAACGUUAACGGAAGCAGUAUCAGCGACAUGUUGAUCACCUCGGUUACAAGCAACAGCCGCCAUGGCUACUGUGGUGAAGCAAGUUCUGAUGUUAACUCGCGUGAGGUUUCCACUCAGAAUGUGAUUGGUAUGGAGCUGUAUGGUAAAAUGUUGAAAGGGGAGAUAGAAGAGGAAGCGGAGCUAGAAAAUGUAAUGAUGGUGGCUGAUAUAGAUGAAUGUAAAGCUAUUGAUAUGUUGGAAGCCGCCAUUGAUGCGUACGAGAAGCUUCUGGAGCUCUUGCUUAAAGAAGCUCGAAGAGAAAGCAAACAGACGAGAGGACGAGGAUGAAAAACAUAAACAAACGCAAACUCCAUAACUGGUAAACAAUAUUCCUUGUUGUCUGUAUUGCCGUUGUCUUCCGUUUUCUUCCUCCAUUGUCAUUAUUAUGUCGGGUCCAACAUCUAAUAAUGUAUAUUAUUUAUGGUGAUAUAUCGUGGCAUGAUAUAGAA